UCGGGGAUGGAGCUGGCCCUGGCGCGGCUCCGGAGCUCAGGCUCCCGCUGUCGAGAGAACCCCCGUUUGUACAGUCUCCUGCCCACGGGUCCUUACGCGAGUGGAGCGGAAGCUCUCGGACGCGCCUGUCUCGCGGAGGAGGGCGGGCAGAGGGCGCGAGGUGGGGCGGGGUGGCGGUGAGGGCAUUUGCAGAGAGGACGCUCCUGCAGCUCGGUAGCUGGAGGCCGCCACGGAUAUCAGUUCACUGAUGGCUCAGUUGGGAGCAGUUGUGGCUGUGGCUUGCAGUUUCUUCUGCGCAUCUCUCUUCUCAGCUGUGCACAAGAUAGAAGAGGGACAUAUUGGAGUGUAUUACAGAGGUGGUGCCCUGCUGACCUCCACCAGUGGCCCCGGUUUCCAUCUCAUGCUCCCAUUCAUCACAUCCUAUAAGUCUGUGCAGACCACUCUCCAGACAGACGAAGUGAAGAACGUACCAUGUGGGACCAGUGGUGGUGUGAUGAUCUACUUUGACAGAAUUGAAGUGGUGAACUUCCUGGUCCCGAAUGCAGUGUAUGACAUAGUGAAGAACUACACUGCCGACUACGACAAGGCCCUCAUCUUCAACAAGAUCCAUCAUGAGCUCAACCAGUUCUGCAGUGUGCACACGCUUCAGGAGGUCUACAUCGAGCUGUUUGAUCAAAUUGAUGAAAACCUCAAGUUAGCUUUGCAACAGGACCUGACUUCCAUGGCCCCGGGUCUUGUUAUCCAGGCUGUACGAGUGACAAAGCCCAAUAUUCCCGAGGCAAUCCGCAGGAACUAUGAGUUGAUGGAAAGCGAGAAGACGAAGCUUCUCAUUGCUGCCCAGAAACAGAAGGUGGUGGAAAAGGAGGCAGAAACAGAGAGGAAGAAGGCCCUCAUUGAGGCAGAGAAAGUGGCUCAGGUUGCAGAAAUCACCUAUGGGCAGAAAGUGAUGGAAAAGGAGACAGAGAAGAAGAUUUCAGAAAUUGAAGAUGCUGCGUUUCUGGCCCGGGAGAAGGCGAAGGCUGAUGCUGAGUGUUACACUGCUCUGAAAAUAGCAGAAGCAAAUAAGCUCAAGCUGACUCCGGAGUAUCUGCAGCUGAUGAAGUACAAGGCCAUUGCAUCCAACAGCAAGAUUUACUUUGGCAAAGACAUCCCCAACAUGUUUAUGGACUCCGCAGGUGGUCUGGGCAGGCAGUUUGAGGGGCUGACUGACAAGCUGGGUUUCAGCUUAGAAGAUGAGCCCCUAGAGGAAACCACAAAGGAUAAUUGAAAAAAAAUGUAUACACCCUCUGAUUGUGACGCUUAGAGAGAGCUUUAUUUUUUAAGAUGAACCGAAUGUUCCUCCUUCCCACACUACCUUCUUUGACUCUUCAAGUUACUGUGGUAAAAAGGAAGACGUGGACAUAAAUCUACCCCCUUCUGGGAAGGGCAAGCAGAUGGAGAAUUGUUUUUUAGUUUUACUUUUGAUUCAGGUAAGUGGGUUGUAUGACUUCUGGUAAGGUGUGUACACCGUGGAUUCGACCUCUGAUCUGUAGGCACCAACCUUGUCCCUUUGAAGCUGGCUUAACUGGGGAUACUAUUAAAAGAAGCGGGAGGUAUGUGGCUGCUGCUUCCUCAUGGUUUGAAAAUGUGUUUCACAGUGCUCUCCUUGCCUCUGACAUAGGCGGUGUCUGCCUGUGGACCCCUGCUGACCAGGCCUCUGUGGAGCGCCAGCUGCGGAGUGUCAUACUAGAGUAGAGCUGGGUUGAGCCCUUAGGAAGAACCUGGUGCUAGGUUUUUUGCAAGAUUUUGUAUACACUGUACUUUUGCCCUAGUGUUUUCUGACUACAUCUCACCGCAGCAGGGUCCAGUCACUCCACACACUCCUUUUUCAGAAUGUUCACCUGAUCUGUGAUUUGAUUUCUUCUUGAACCAUCUAUCCAUUAGUUCCACUCUGCAUCAGGAUGGGAACAAGCAAGUGUCGUACUAGCUGAUGAAGCAGGCUCCUUAUACCCGUUAGCCACUGUACUGCUGUUUGGCAUUUAUGUCUUUAUCAUUGUGGAGAUUCUUCCUUGAAGAGCUCUUGACACUGGAGAGAAAGGGCCAGCCAGUAGACAUCCAAGUAGUAGUACCUAUGUACCUAUGCCUGUGCAGGGGGUUAUGUGACACUGAGAAAGGGAUCGCGUAAAUCUAGACAAUAGGCGCUGCUUGGGAGUGAACGGCAGAGCAGCUGCACAGAUGCAAGUCGGAGUUCAUGCCCAUGCCCCUCGGGCUGCAUUGAGUCCCCAUGUUUUGUUUUUCAUUGCUAGUGAGGAAAACAAUGAGACACCCAAGGAUAACAAAUAUGAGGGAAGAACAAAUAGAAAGGUAUUUCUUAGGUCCUGAGAUUGGCCCGGGCGGGGGACAGGGCUGCACAGAAGGCCUUUGUGGAGGGCAGCUCUGCAGAGUUCAUUUACCGCCGUGCGGUGCCCUGUGCCCAUGCCUGGCCUCAGCUUAGGACACCCUCCCCCACACACAAAGUACCUACUGUUAUCUUUUAAGUGAAUACUAUAAAUGAUAUUUUCUGGCAUUUCUCAUUCUUGGUUCUAUAAGGCAGGCCAGUUUGCUUCUAAGUGGCUGGCACUAAAUAGGCUUGUCAAGUGUUUGGGUAGCAUUUAGCCUGCCUAAAAAGAAGCAAAGUGUUAACUCUGCCUGCUUUGGAUAUUGCCCUUGUCUGUUCUAACUCCUCAUACUGAAACAUCUCAAGCCACUGGUCCUGGUUACAGUUUGUACAGUCUACAAAAUGUUUCUGGAAGGCAUAGAUUUUAACGUGCUCAAAAAAACUUUUUUGGGUUUUUUUUUUCACCAAGAUCAACUCAUCUUCCUCCCACUUUCUGCGCUAACCACUUGUUGAAAGCAACAUGCUACACCCAGCGUCCCCUCUUCCUCCUGAGCCUCGAAAAACACUAUUUCCCUGGAGUCAGUGCAGGAGUAAGGGGAUGUCCCCAGACAGCACCCUCUUAGUCUGAAAGUCUGUCUGCUACUACCAUUCAGAUAGCUCGUCCCUUGCUCACAAAGAGCCUCAAUAAAGUCCUGCUGCAAGUGCUGCUUCCCCACCCCUUGAAUGUCACUUCUUUAAAUAAAACGUAUGAAUGUUCCCAUGUCACGAACAUGAAUUCAGUAGUUGUCAGUGUCUGUCCCAGCAGUGAAAUCAUGGAAUUCAGCUAUCUUUUUAGCAUGGGAUACCUAGCCCAUCUGUCUGUAUGACUUUGUUUUUUGUAAUACUAGGAAAAAGUGAUUGUAAAGCAUUUAAAUUCUAAAUGUAAAAUGUGAUAAGCCUACAGUUUUGUAGGCAGUAAAGUCAUGGCUGCUAUUUAUAUAGAGAACUUAUAUCAAAAUAAGUUACUGUUUGUAAAAUUCAGUUUUUGUAGGAUUUUCCCAAGGCCCAGCCACCUUGGUAGAAUGUUUCUCACUCACUAAACUUUGCAGAAGCUAUUCAUAUUUGGAAGAGUUUUUAAUCAUUUUUCAAUAUAUGGUCAGAAUGUUUGUAAGAAAGCCUAAGUUUAAUAAUUUUUAUAGCUAAAAAUAGAUGUAGAGGAGUCAGUAUGGUACUGAGUUGAGGGAAGCAGUGAAUGAGGCAGUGUAGUUCAAUUUCUAAAAGGGAGCUGUUUCAUAAACGAUGUGUGCUCUGUGUGUCUUGUGCCGACCUGGACUGUCGCAAGGUGGAGUUUGGUAAACUGUACCUUGAAGUAGCUGAUCUGCCUGCAAGCUUCACCGACUCUGCUGCCUUCAGUGGCAUUCUAGCCACCGCUUGUUUCCCUAGAAAAGCUGUAACGGGCAAUCGUGUGUUUGUACUUCCGUUCCUUUUUGUCCCUACUUCUGUGUAAACUGGUGAUUGCAUCGUCAAAACAAUUUUUCCAGUGUGCCCUGGGGCAUUAGUGAGCCUUUAUAACUGAAAAAUGAUUCUUAUUCUGUUAAUCAUUCCAAAAAUGAUACUACUAGAUUAAUUAUUUUGGGUUACUAGCUCCAGGAAUUGUUUAGACAACACAAAAGGUCUCAUGUGAAUAUACUUAACAUUUUGGAUUUAAUUUCUGUCUUGCUAAAUAAAAUGUCUUUGUCUUUA